UAUGAAUCUCAAUAUAAACAUAAUUGGGAUAACCUAGUUCGUUAUAUAAAUUGUAUAUAAUCGUUGGUAUACUAUUUAUUUUGAAAAAGAAAGUGAAUAUACAUCUAAAUAAAUAAAAUUGAGUAGUUCAAAUGUACUUAAAUACCCUUAAAUGUGAAGUUAUUUAUUUAUAUCAAACGAAAUUGGUAUAUUAAAGUUGACAGGAAAAGAAGAAUUUUAAAAAAUUGAAAGAUUUAAUUCAAUUAUGAAUGAUUCCUCGUAUAUUAAUGAUGAAGAAUCGUUGUUUCUAUGUAUUCGACAAGCCGAAUUAACAACAAAUAUUAGCACGAAUCCUUGGCCUUUGAUACACUGUUUUCGAGGACCCCAAACGCAAGAUCUCAAAACAACUUUAUUUGUAACCAUCAUAAGUUGCGUCAUUUUUUUAACUGGACUUUUAGGAAAUUUAAUAGUAUGCGUUGUCAUAAUCAAACACAAAUCCCUACACAACCCCACAGAAUAUUAUUUAUUAAAUUUAGCCGUAUCGGAUUUGAUUCUAUUAAUAUUCGGUUUACCUUAUGACGUGUCACUUUAUUGGCACCAAUAUCCUUGGACUUUGGGCGAUUUGUUGUGCAAAACGAGAGCUCUUAUUUCGGAAACUGCUACUUACGUUUCCUUAUUAACGGUAGUGGCAUUUUCGACCGAAAGAUACCUGGCGAUCUGUCAUCCUUUAUAUACCAUAGCGAUAACAAAUCUUCAGAGAUCCAUGAGGAUCAUAUUUUGCAUAUGGAUCGUAUCCUUGUUAUGCGCCAUACCUUUCGCUUGUUACAGCGGAGUCGAUUUCAUAAAAUAUCCCUUCGAAUCGGAUACAAUAAUACCGCAAUCCGGUCUGUGCGCGAUGAUCUACCAACCUGAUUUUAUUCCUUUGGCCGAAAUAAGCACGAUCGUAUUCUUUUUUCUACCGCUUGUUAUAAUUAUUUUACAAUAUAUUAAAAUGGGUAUAGUGAUAAGGAAGACGACGAAAAGAGGUUAUUUCGCCGAAGAAGGUAUGACCGGUGCCGUACUGAUAAGAAAUAACAGACAAAUGAGACAACGGUACAACGUCGUCAAGAUGUUAUCUUUUGUAGUAUUCGGUUUUUUCAUUUGUUGGUGUCCGUUUCACACUCAAAGGAUCCUGUCGACGUACAUGAUCGGCUCGCCACGUUUCGAAGAAGUCAAUUAUUGGUUAUACAUCACUUCCGGUGUUUUUUAUUAUUUCUCGCCAACUUUAAAUCCCAUUUUAUAUAAUUUAAUGUCGGAAAAAAUGAGAUUAGCUUCUAAACAAAUUAUCUGCGGAUACAGAACGGGCACGAGAUAUUCUAGGGGUAGUUAUGUAAAAAGCGAUCUUAGUAAUAUUAGUUCUUUCAAUUUCAAUAGAAAUACUGAUUAAGACUGGUAUAUUUUUAUGGAAGUAUAAUAAAUAUAAAAAUUU